AUGAUCCCCUCUCCACCUAGAAGAUAUAUGCGCUCCGAUGCUACAAAAUUAUCUUCUGCAGAUUACGAAGACAUCAUGCAAUACCGAGAUAUGAAGUCCAAGCCUCUGGAUCAACUAAGAAAAAAAUUCCAUAUAUCAACUUCUCGUUCAUAUCAGAUUUGGAAAGGGCAGGAGGUAGGAAGGGUCGAAUGGAACUAUUCAGCAGUCCCAAUUUCUUAUUCAAGAACAAAUGAUAUAGAUAAACAGAAUGGGACUGAUUUAGGGGGUCAUGAAGUGGCCGUAAAUAAAUACGAUUUUGCCUUUACAGCACUGGAGAACAAGAUAUGUAACGCUGAAAUUAAUAAAUCUACUGAUCCAGUUUCGAAAGGAGGUGCAGGCAGGGACCAACCCAAGUCUGUUAACAUUUCUGAACUAACUAUUACGCAGAAUCAACUAAUACCUGGAACAAAAAAAGAAAUUAUUUCAUCUACCGAAUCUUCCGAAGAUGUCUUGGAUUUGUAUAAGAGAACUAGUCCUGAAAUAGAGCAUCUGGUCGUGCUCUUAAAUAAUUAA